AUGGACAACGGCGAGCUCUCUCUCUCUGUCGGUGCUCUCCUCGACGAAACGGCGAUUCCUCUCUCUCUCAGUGCUCUCCUCGACGAAACGGCGAUUCCUCUCUCUCUCGGCAGUGUAGGAACAGAAGCUUCAAACUUUGAUGGGGACAGUGCUGCUAAGCGUAGAGAACGUCGAAAGUGGACACCAACAGAUGAUGUUGUCCUGAUCAGCUCGUGGUUAAACACGAGAAAAGAUCAUGUGGUUGGCAACAAGCAAAAAUCAUCCGGGUUUUGGAAAAGGAUUGCUGCUUACUUUGAAGCAACGGCUACUAGGGAAAAAACAAGUGUCCAGAAUGAAAACGAUGUUGUGAAGCUAGCUCAUCAGAUAUUUUACAACAACUACAAGAAGAGAUUUACUCUUGAACACGCUUGGAAGGAGCUGCGGCAUGACCAGAAGUGGUGCGAGUUGGCUACUUCCAAAAAAGAAGGGAGCUUGAAGAAGAGGAAGUGUGAGGACGGUGGAGAAUCAGAGAGUUCUCAAGCAACUGAGAACAAGCGUCCUCCUGGUGUGAAGGCCGCAAAGAAAGGUUCUCACAAGGCGGUGAUGGAGGAUGAUAAUCUUAAUAAGUUUCAGACUAUGUGGACAAUGAGACAGGCGAACUUGGCGGCGAAAGAAAGGUUGUCUCAGCUGAGUCUGCUUAACAGUCUCAUUGGAAAAAAAGAACCCCUUGCCGAGUAUGAAGAAACCCUCAAGAAGAAGCUGAUAAAUGAUUUGUGUUCCUGUUAUGCUGAAAUGUCCCUGCUAAUCUUCAUGUUAUGUUCUUGUUAUGGCUCUGUUCGACAAUACACGUUGGGAGACAAAAUUCCUUUCUCGGAGGCAGACAAGGACAUGGGAGAGUUGACGAGACAGAGCUGUCACGAGAUCACAGAGAGUCUUCAGAGCUGUAAAGAUGAGCUUGCUUCAUGUCAAAGUGAGCUUGAAUCAGCCAAAGCAGAGGUUGAUAAGUGGAACUCAGCGUUUAAGCAAGAGUCCUUUGUACCUUCUAGAAAAUCUCCUGAACCUCAAUUUGUGAUUGACUACAUCCAAACUCUGAGAUCUUCCGAGAAGUCUUUGAAAGAAGAGUUGGAAAUUGCACAAAUGAAGUUAGCUAUCCGUGAUCUCAAAUCUCAACUCAAGCCAGAGUCAAUGAAGACAGAUGAGGAUCCAGAAGUCGACGGCGAGGAGCAAGGAUCGACCCCCGCUGGCACCUCACGUAUUGCAUAUCUCGAGGAUGAGUUGCGUGCAGCAAAUACGGUGAUCGCAGAGAUGAGGGAGAUUCAGGCCGUGAGGGUGGAUGCACUGGAGAAAGCGCAGGCCACGCAUGCUAAGGAGUUCGAGUAUCUUAAGAACAACUUGGUGGCACUACAACAAUCCCCACGCUUGGUUCUUACGGCCGCACCUGAGAAUGCUGAUGCGCAGAAGUAAUCUUAUUAUAUUUUCCCAUUUUAGUUUGAGUUUGAACUAAUAAUGUAAUCGAAGAAAACAUAAUGAUUUUCUGUAACCACCGAUUAACUGAAAACGGUUUAAUAUUAUGCUGCCAAAUCA